AUGGUCAAAGCCGGCGUUGCUGCGGUCAGUGCCGGUCCGGGCAUCUACAGUGCUACCUACAGUGGUAUUCCCGUCUAUGAAUUCCAAUUCGGAGCCGACUUGAAGGAACAUGUGAUGCGACGAAGACAUGAUGACUGGAUCAAUGCGACACACAUCCUAAAGGCUGCCGGCUUCGAUAAACCAGCACGAACCAGAAUCUUGGAACGAGACGUACAAAAGGACGUCCAUGAAAAGAUUCAAGGUGGAUACGGCAAAUAUCAAGGGACCUGGAUCCCCCUCGAUUCUGGCGAGGCCCUCGCCCAACGUCACAGCAUUUACGACCGACUACGACUCAUCUUUGAAUUUGUCCCUGGAAACGAGAGUCCCCCGCCAGCACCCAGACAUGCAACCAAACCGAAGGCAUCCAAAGCCAAGCCGGCGCAGCCUCCACCGCCUCCGAAAUGGGGUGCGGGCGCUGUCAUGGCACGUCAUGAAGAGUUUGACAAUGGAGACACUCUGAUGGGGGAGGACGAUACACCAGACAACUUGACUGUAGCAUCAGCAUCCUACAUGGCAGACGACGAUCAUUUCGACAUGUCCCACAUGCCAACGAGUCACAGAAAACGAAAGAGGGAAGAGCACAUGCAAGACCUCACGGAACAGCAACAUGCGGUGUACGGGGACGAGCUCCUGGACUAUUUUUUGCUCUCUAGGAACGAGCAGCCUGCUGUCAAACCAGACCCGCCGCCGAACUUCCAACCAGACUGGCUCAUCGACGCUGAAAACCACACUGCUCUGCACUGGGCAUCUGCCAUGGGUGAUGUCGACGUCAUCAAGCAGCUGAAGCGUUUCAAUUCAAAUAUCGCAGUAAAGAACAUACGCGGGGAAACUCCAUUUAUGCGGUCUGUCAACUUUACAAACUGUUACGAAAAACAAUCAUUUCCUGCGGUGCUAAAGGAGCUAUUCGAAACGGUAGACUCCAGAGACAACUCCGGCUGCACAGUGAUUCAUCACGCUGCCGUGAUGAAGAAUGGCAGAGUCUUUAGCCCGUCUUGUUCACGGUACUACUUGGAUCUCAUUCUGAACCGGCUGCAGGAAAACGUGGAUCCCUCCACCUUCCAACAAAUGCUGGACGUACAGGACAAUGAAGGCAACACGGCACUGCAUCUCGCUGCCCAGAGAAACGCUCGCAAAUGUAUCCGCGCACUCCUCGGCCGCAAUGCAUCGACAGAUAUUGCCAACAACGAGGGAAUCCGAGCAGAAGACUUGAUUAUGGAGCUCAAUGCUGCCAAGAAGGAGCGUGGGCCGCAAAGGUCGUCCUCGCCAUUUGCACCCGACUCGCAGAGGCACGCCUCAUUCCGAGACGCCUUUGCCGACAACAAGAAGAAGCCACCGACAUCUUUCCAGUCGGCAGCCGCAACAACAGUGCAGUCACGGAUUGCGCCGCUGCUCAUGGAAAAGUUUCAAGACCUGGCCAAGAGCUAUGAUGACGAAUGGCACGAGAAGGACGUGGCGGAAGCCGAGGCGCGGCGCAUUCUGGCAAACACGCAGGCGGACCUGCACGCGACGCACCAGCAAAUUGCCGAGCUGGAGGCGCAACUCGAGACGGAUGAUGAGGCUACCAAGAUUAUGGGCGAGGCAAACAGAUGCAAACAUCAAGUAUUAUCUCUGAUUACGCACCAGAGCAGACUCCAUAUACAUCAAGCGGUGGAAAGCGACAUGAACAGAGUCAAUGGCGAUAACGGCGAAAACGACUCGUACGACGAGAGGCUGGCUCUCGCUCGUCAACUCAAUUCACUAAUCGGCGAGCUACGACAGGCAGAAAACGACUAUGUGGACGCUCUGAGCAUGGUGGGGACGGGGGACAAGAUUGAAAAGUAUAGAAAGCUGCUCAAGAGAUGCCUGGAUCAGAAGGACGGCGAGAUGCUAGAUUCAAACCUCGACAAUCUCAUCGAAAUGAUGGAGGAAGAAAGAGACGUGAAUGACGUGGAUGGCGCGAUGGUAUCGGCAGGCGACCCCAUGGACUUUGGUGUCAGCGGCGUAUAG